AUGCUCAUUUACAUAGGGCUGUCCUCUAUCUCACUACUGACUGUGUCUCUCAACCUGCUGGUCAUCAUCGCCAUCUCCCACUUCAGGCAGCUCCACACCCCCACCAACCUCCUCCUCCUCUCUCUGGCUGUAGCUGACUUCCUUGUUGGUCUCCUUGUGAUGCCGUUUGAAAUCGUCUUUGCAGAACCCUGCUGGUUCCUUGGUGAUUUGGUCUGUGCUUUGUAUUAUUUCUUACCCUUUUCUAUUGUCAAUGUAUCAGUAUUACAUAUGGUUCUCAUAUCAGUUGACCGUUAUGUGGCUAUCUGUGACCCUUUGCACUACCCCACCAAAAUCACUCAAAAGAGAGUUCAAAUCUUUGCUCUUCUGUGUUGGAUUUAUGCUGUUUUCUACAGCAUUCUGCUUUUAUAUGAUAACCUGAAACAACCAGGCAGGUAUAAUUCCUGCUAUGGAGAAUGUGUGGUUAACUAUAAUGGAGCUGUUGACAUGGUGUUAAUGUUUAUCCUUCCCAUUACUGCCAUCAUCAUUCUGUAUAUGAGAGUAUUUGUGGUGGCUGUGUCUCAGGCCCGUGCCAUGCGCUCCCACAUUGCAACUGUGACACUGCAGCAUUCAGUGACUGUAACUGUUAAGAAAUCAGAGAUGAAAGCAGCCAGGACUCUUGGUGUCCUUGUUGCUGUGUUUCUCAUGUGUUUUUGUCCAUAUUAUUGUCUCACCCUCACUGGGUAUGACCUCAUUAUGGAUUCAUCAAUUAACGCAUUUAUUAUUUAUGUGGUAUAUUUUAACUCCUGUCUAAACCCUAUGAUCUAUGCCUUUUUGUACCCCUGGUUUAGAAAAUCUGUUAAACUCAUUGUUACCCUUGAGAUACUGAAGCCUAACUCCUGUGAGGCCAAUGUACUGCAGAGAGAAACUGUGGAGCGACUGUAA